CAGUCACGUGACACGUAUACGCGGAAGUUGUUUUGGUGGCUGGUUAGCUCCGUUAGCUUAGUUUAUCCAUGGUCGCUUACUUUCGGCGUGUCAAGCGGAGCUAUAUCCAUGGUCAGGAUGACGCAGAAACACUGCCUGGAGGGUCAGGUAUACUCCGUGCCUCUCAUCCAGUCGGACUUGAGGCGAGAGGAGGCCAUGCAUCAAAUAGCUGACGCCUUGCUUUACCUGGAGACCAUCUCUACUGAUAUUUUCAAAAGAGUGUCUGAGAAUGUAGAGAAAAACCGCCGCCAUCUCCAGAGCGUCACAGAUCGGAUCAGUUUGGCUCAAGCCCGAGUCGACAAGAUCAAAGGCAGUAAAAAAGCCACGAAGGUUUUCUCCAGUGCCAAGUAUCCUGCCCCUGAGAAACUACAGGAGUACUCAUCAAUCUUUCACGGCGCCACGGACCCGUCCUCAAACAACCACCAUCGACAAAGAAUUACAAAUAAACUGCGGCCUUUUGAUGAGAAGUCUCUACAGGAGAAGUUGAUGUAUUUCCCGGUGUGUGUGAGCAAUAAGAAGAAGUCGGAAGAUGAGACGGAGGAGGGGCUGGGCAGUUUGCCUCGCAAUAUUUCUUCUGUCAGCUCGCUGUUGCUCUUCAAUACGACGGAAAAUCUAUAUAAGAAGUAUGUGUUCCUCGAUCCACUGGCAGGCGCUGUGACAAAAACACACAAAACUCUGGAGACGGAAAAAGAGCAGAAGCCAUUUGAUGCUCCUAUGUCAAUAGCGAAGAGAGAGCAGCUGGAGAGACAGACGGCAGAGAGCUAUUUUUAUGUGCCAGACUUGGGCCAGGUGCCUGAGAUUGAUGUGCCGUCUUACCUGCCAGACUUGCCCGGGAUUGCAGAUGACCUGUCUUACAGUGCAGAUCUGGGUCCUGGCUUUGCUCCUUCAGGACCAUUACACAACAUCCCAGAGCUGCCGUCCUUUUCUGAUGACAGUAAUGUUGAAGGAUCGCCGCUUCAACCAAACCUGCCACUACCUCCUCCACCUCCGCCUCCUCCUCCUCCGCCACCACCUCCCCCUGAGCCAGUCAUAUCCUCAACCGUGCCAGCCGGAGCUCCUCCCCCACCGCCGCCUCCACCCCCUCCUCCCGCAGUGGAACCCACCGGGGUCUCUGGAGGAACCAGUUCAGGUCCGGUGGCCGGAGCCCCCAGCGAGGUGGUCCAACCUUCAGACGGCCGCGCCAGCCUGCUGGAGUCCAUCCGCAAUGCUGGAGGAAUCGGCAAAGCCAAAUUACGCAACGUCAAGGAGCGCAAGAUGGAGAAGAAGAAACAGAAGGAGCAGGAACAAGCGGUGGCAGCUGCGAGUGGCGGCGGAGACUUUAUGUCGGAUCUCUUCAAUAAACUGGCCAUGCGCAGGAAAGGCAUUUCCGGGAAGGGUCCAGGAGGAGGAGGAGAGGGCGCCGACGCUCCGGCAGGGGCCGGAGGCGCCUUCGCACGGAUGUCAGACGUCAUCCCGCCUCUUCCCACGCCACAACAAACUGCUACCGACGACGACGACUGGGAGGCGUGAUGAGUUCAUAGAGAUCACAAGCACCUUCCAUGAAGCGUUAAGUAUUGUCGACGUUUUUGUAUGACUGUAUGUACCGACCGAUCUGUUUCAAAUAGAAUACAGUACGUGAGAGUUCCGCAUUAAUUCAUUUUAAAUGGGAAAGCAUUUACGCGCCUCCAGUGAUGAACCACGCACAUGCAGGAACAAUGCUGCCCCGAAAAAGGUCCUGGAUUCCAUCUCUAGCCUGAGGCAACUCUGGGUCUGCAGCGAACCUUAUUCCUUAGAGUGUACAUGUCCUCCCAGUGUUUGUGUGGGUUUGCUCCAGGCACUCCGGUUUCCUCCCACGGCCCAAAACCUUACGGAGGUUAACUGAUGACUCAAUGAAUUGUCCCAUGAUUUGUGGGUGCUGGUCUGUCGAUGUGCUGCCCUGCGACGAUUCGAUUGUAAUAACAAUUUAAAGAUGAGGAAUUUAAAGAUUUGUAAUGAUGUACUAAUUAAAUGUCUUUGAAAUAUUAAUUUUGUAAUUAAUGUGGCUUAUUAAAGGUUUAAAUUGUUAAGAUCAUUCGAAGUAAUGGCUGCGGAAAGAAUCUAUACACAAUAUAUGUAUAGUUUUAGCGCUCUACUGACACCUACCGGCAAUUUGGCGGUUUUUCAUAAACGCCACCAAUGAAUUAUCUGUCAUCGUGAUCAUUUUUUUUUAUUAUUUACUGGAAGGCAACUCAUUUUCUUCAUUCUCAAAAACCCAUGCAUGACUUCUUGGUUUAGCCGCAUUUGUCUGAGGUUUCUGCCUUGAUCUUGCCAAAAUGGCUGUGAGGAAGUUUCAUCUUUGGAGCCAUUGAGCCUGAAAGUUAUGUAGUUCAUGUCUAACUGAUUUAAUCAGCCAGAUUUAUCACUUACUCGUGGCAACUUGCUUCAUUUGCACAGCAGUUAGAGUCAAAUCACCAGUGGCUUCUUCCUCCUGUUACCCUUUUCAGGUUUGAAGUUACAGUGAAUAUGCCUGUAAAGAUUUAUUUCACACAGUCAAGGUUUAUUAGAAUGUUGUCGCCGGGGUGAUAAUGAGAAAAAAAGAAAUCUGAGGCACCAAUAUUGAAAAAACCUGAGUUAAACAAGCCGUUCCCAUACACACGCAGUGAAGCAAUGCUUCCAUUACAUAAUACAUUACUGCCUGCUCAAUCAUUUAUAUUUUAGUUGCAUGGGAGCUUCGAUUCGUUUCAACGGAAUAAAUACACGUCUAGCUCGAAUGACUUCUGUUGAACAAUUUUAAACCAUGUUUAUCGCUCACGGAAUCUGUUGAGACAGAAUUGGAGCCGGAACGAUGCAGAACAUGAGACGAUACAACAAAAAUCGCAUUCACAAACUUGAAUCUUCCGAGUAUUUCUCAGAACACUCUGUAAUCAUCCUGUCAUUUGUUGCUUUCAUAACUCACUGAGGUCUGUGUUUGCUUCUUUUCCAGGAAAAACUAUGGGGGGGGGGAAAAAAACAGAAUAUAUUUUGAUGAAACAGCGACGAGCACAAGGCUUUUGGAAGUUGUUUCUCACCUUCCUCAUGGCAGCAAAUGCUGGACCGAAACUGGAGUAGGUGCUGGUGCGUUGUUUGAUCCACCCGGGAAGUUUGGAGAGCGUGGCAGGUCGCGAGUAGCGGUGGUCGCACAGCACGAUGGAUGAGUAGUCGCCACGGUGACGGAUUGCUCGCCCUAUUAAGGAUGGAAUUGUUACAAUGCCGUUUGUAUUGCUAACAAGGUAUAUUUGGGGCCUCACCUAUCGACUGGUUGACGGCCUUCAUGCAGAGGUUUUCGAUAAGAGCUUGACCUGGACUUCUUCCCCCAGUGUGAGGCUGAAAAUGAAAUGUCUUGAAGAGGGCAGAAGUGCUUUUCCAUCUGUUCCUCUGACAUUUCUUACCAGGUGCUUGUCCAGAUAGGCCAUCUUCUCCUGCAGCUCUGGAGAUUUGAUGUUGGGAUACGGCAUUCCCACCAUCACGACACACCUUUGAGAAUUCACAGCCGUUUAAAUCAGAAAUAGAUGGACAUAUUUUGUUAAGUUCCUCAAACCUGCCGAGGUCGUCAGAGAAGUUGAUGCCCUCGCUCAUCUUUCCGCCCACCACAGAGAACAGAAGUGCUCCAGUGAGGCUGCUGCCACUCACUGAGCAUCUCUGAUGGCAGAGUGGAGAAUAUUACUGCUGCGCCUGCUGGUGAUGAUGUGUUAUAGAGUAGCAGUUUACCUGGAUACAACGGGAGAACUCAUUCAGCACCUGAUCCACCUGAUUGGCCUUUUUGGGUUCCUGAAAGAUCUGACACAAGGAGCUGUUUUGAAAAAAAAAACGUUUUGUUCUCAAACUGACUACAAACUCAGGACGGUCAUGGAUUCCAAAAAUCUUCCUCAGAGCAGUAAGCUGAAUCACCUUCUUCUUGUUUGCCAGCCGGGUCAGAGUCCCGCUGGUCUCCCAGUGAGAAACAAUUCUCCUUGAGUACUCGUAGGACGGGAAAAAACACACCACCCCGCCCGGGACCACGUUGCAGAUGUUUGAAAGGAUCCUACCCGUCUCGUCCAUCUGGGGAAAGAGGUUUACUCCCUAAAUAUUUUCAUGAGGAAAAAAAAGUUUAAACGUUUACCAUUUGUGGAGAUUCUCUGUUCUGAAAUGUAAAAUCCAGUUCCUGACCGGAAGGACCGCUGCAAAGGACGAUGGGUAAAAUGUUCUCAGGGGGAAUCACAUGACCUGGGAAACAAAUGGACAACAAUAAAGUUGUUUUAAAAAAAAAAAAAAAAAAGAUACUAGUAGGUUGCCAGUUCUGGGCAGCCUUAUCAGUGAUGGGCAGAUGAGGCUUCAUGAAACAGCUCCCUUAUUUUCAGAGCCAAGUAGAUGGCGCUCUCCGCUUUAAAAUGAUGUGAAAAGAUUGUUCAAACUCAAAGAGUUUAGAGCUGAGAGUGCCAUCUAGUGGGCUCUGAAAAUGAGGUCACUGUUUCAUGGAGCACCAUAGGCUCAUCACUACUCAGCAACCCAAUUCUGACACCAUGUGUUGCCACUACCAGGCCUCUAACCUUACUAAGGAAGCCAGAGAGCAGUCGUACACAUUACCAGUCCCCAUCAUAACACUACAAUUUGUGCAAGAGACUCGUGCUAAAGCGUGAUUAUGAUUUUUGAACUCGGCAACACAUGAGCAAAGGAACAUCACACAGCAGACUCCACAGAUCAUUGCAGGAAGCGGGUCGCUCACUGCAGGAGAACUCGGUGAUGCGUUCCUCCUCCACCCCAGCAGAAAACAGAAGCUCCUGCUUGAAGUCUGAAACCUACACAGAUAUGGAGGAUCAGAAAGCCACUCUUCUAUUUGUGUUCUCUUGAUAUGAAAAUGACUGACAGGUUGCAUGGUUCCUCCUGCGAUGAUGACAGCCCUGCACUCCUGCAACACCUGAGCGAAAUGGACCGCCGGGUUCAGCAGCAGAAACUUCACGCUGCUCUCUGACAGAGUACCUGAACGUGAGAAUAGAAUCAUAUGCAAGCCUCCAUUUAUCGCUGGUGUUUCAUGUCACCACCUUGUCUGUUCAACACCACCCUGCCGUCGGUGUUGCUGUUGGUGAGGGCCUUGAAGAACCCCUCCACCUGCAUCAUGGGAGAAGCAGAGAGCAUGCUCUCCACCUCUGCAGAAGCCUGCCGCUCCUCUGAAGGCGCUGCACAAGAACACAGAGGGAUUCAAUCAUCAAAGAAAUUCCACCACAACACUUCAGCAGAACCAGAUCCAGUAAGUUUCAGUUCAGCAAAACCAACAUACAUGUCCUAUCACGGAUGGUGAGUGAGCACCACUGAAAGGAGUUCAUCUCUCAGCUGUCAAUACUUACCAAUGCAGCUGGACUAAUAAA